AUGCGAGGAGGAUGUAUAGCUGAUAAUUGAUCUUGUGGAACAGGAUUUGAUUCUGCAAGCGGUUCGGUACGAACGAAGAAAUUUCGAACAAAAGGAUCGGAACUCGCUGAUAGGAAAGGAGAGAAAAACAAAGCAAUGCCAAGAGCUCCGUCAAUCCGCUGUUCAUCGAUAGACGAAGCUCUCUCUUUUUCAUCUCGUGCCAGAUGCAACAAAAGAUUAGUCCUUUUUCCUUCUCGCGAACCACGGGAGAGCCCAGCGCCCAGAAGAGCAAAGCUCAUUUUCGGGUCAAGCGGCGCAUAA